AUGCGAAUUUUGGCCCCCAAAAUUGGCCCUGAAAGGGAAGGAAAGGAGCGCAGGAAGCGACGGCGCCGCCCCCUCGCAAUUUUUGGGUUUAAAAAACCCAAAAAAAGGGAAACGAAAGAGAAGAAAACGAAGCCGGGAACGUUUUGGGCCUCUCCUGACAGUUUUGAGGACGAUUACGACGACGUCUCCAUGGCGGGAUCGGAUCGGGGCCCCCAAAUCCCUAAAACCUGGUUUAUACUGAGUUAUACUGGGCUGUACUGGGUUAUACUGGUCCAUACUGGUUUAUACUGGUCCAAACUGAUUUAUACUGGGCUAUGCCGGUUUAUACCGGGUUAUACUGGGUUGUACCAGGUUAUACUGGUUUAUACUGGCCUAUACUGGUUUAUACUGGUCUAUACCAGUUUAUACUGGUCCAUACUGGUUUAUACUGGUUUAUAUUGGUCCAUACCGGUUUAUACUGGUUUAUACUGCUCUCUACUGGUCCAUGCUGGUCCAUACUGGUUUAUACUGGGAUCUCUCCCAGUCCAGCAGGACCAGAUCCUGCUGCAGUUCGGGAUCCACCAGCACCAAGAGGAGCUGCAGGAACUCUCCGGUAAAUCCCAAAAAAACCCCCAAAAAUUCCCAAAAAAUCCACCCCCCCCCAAAAAAAAAAAAAAUUCCCAAACAUUUCACCAGAAGUUCCCAAAAAUUAAAGAAAAAAAAAGUCCCAAAAAAUCCCAAAAAAUCCCAAAAAAUCCCAAAAAAUCCCAAAAAAUCCCCAAAACUCCCAAAAACUCCCUCGGGAUUUCCCCAUUUCCAGCUCUUCUCCCUUGGGAUUUUUCUGGCGUUUUCCCGGGAUUUUCCCUCAGGAUUUUCCCAAUUUUCCCUCAGCGUUUUCCAAUUUUCCCCAUUUUCUUCAGAAUUUUCCCAUUUUCCCAAUUUCCCUCAGGAUUUUCCUAUUUUCCCAAUUUUUCCCCAUCAUUUUCCAAAUUUUCCCUCAGGCGGCCGUGCGGGGCCCCGGGCAGCUCCCGGCGCUGCUCCGCGGGCUGGCUCUCCUUCGGGCCCAGCUGCUUCUCCUUCUCGCGCCGCUCCCUGAGCUGGCUCGCGGCCCGCAACGCCUGCGCCGACCUGGGGGCGCACCUGGCCGUGGUGGGCUCCGAGCAGGAGCAGGAAUUCCUGCUGGACAACAUCGAGCGCAGCGUCUCCUACUGGCUGGGGAUGACGGACGCGGAGCAGGAGGGGAAAUGGCGCUGGGUCACCGGGGAGGUCCUGGAUAUCGGGUGUUUUUGGUGCUAUCACUGUUGUGUUUUUGGUUCUAUCACAGUUGUUUGUCCAUCUCCAAGGUGUUCUUGUUGGGACGAUGGAGUGGCUUUGUGCGUGCUUGUGUUUUUUCUCUCCCCUUACCCGAGGUUCUGGGACGUGUGGCUGCACGAUCCCCACAAGGAGCAGAAGGACUGCGGAGCUCUGGGCCCCAAGGGGCUCUGGGUCAGCGAGCACUGCUGGAGGGCGCUGCGCUGGGUGUGUGAGAGACCCGCCGAAUGCUAGCGCCGCCCCACGUGGCCCGGGGCUGCUCCUGCACCCGCCUCGGGGGGAACCGACACAACAACGAAACAACGGUGAGAAACAGCAACAAACGACGGGGGAAACCACGGGGGAACGACGGGGAAACAAUGGGGGAACGACGGGGGAACGACGGGGAACAACGGGGAAACAAUGGGAAAACAGUGGGGAAACAAUGGGGAAACAACAGGGAAACAACGGGGAAACAACAGGGAAACAACGGGGAAACAAUGGGAAAACAACUGGGAAACAAUGGGGAAACGAGGGGGAAACAACGGGAAAACAAUGGGGAAACAAUGGGAAAUAACAGGGAAAUAACAGGGAAAUUACGAGGAAACAAUGGGAAAAUAACAGAAAAUAACAAAAACACAACGAAAAAACAAUGAAAAACAAUGGGAAAGCAACGGGGAAACAACAGAGAAACAAUGGGGAAAACACGGGGAAACAACGGGAAACAACGGGAAAACAAUGGGAAAUAACGGGGAAACAAUGGGGAAACAACGGGGAAACAACGGUGUGAAACAGCAAUAAACAACGGGGAAAUAACGGGAAACAACUGGGAAACAAUGGAAAAAUAACAGAAAAUAAUGAAAAAAACAACGAAAAAACAACAAAAACAUAACAGGAAAACAACGGGGAAACAACGGGGAACAACGGGGAACAAUGGGAAACAACGGGGAAAUAACGGGGAUACAACGGGAAACAACGAGAAAACAACAAAAAAACAAUGAAAAACAACGGGAAAACAACGGAAAAUAACGAAAAACAACGAAAAAACAACAAAAAACAAAGAAAAAACAAUGAAAAAAAUAAAAAACAAAAAGCAACAAAAAAUUAAAAACAACAACAAACAAUGAAAAACAAUAAAAACAAUGAAAAACAACAUAAAAACAACAACAACAACAAAAAACAGAAAAAAACCAACAAAAAAACAACAAAAACCAACAAAAAAUUGAAAUUUUGGCUGGAGUUCUGGCGAGUUCCGGGGGAGAAUCCCCGCUCUCCGCACAGGUUGGGUUUGGGAGGUGCCCAAAGGAUCGGGGGCUUCGUUCAAAGUAAAUAAUAACAAAAUAAAAGUCUGUUAAAUAACUGGGAUGGCGCUUGGAAGAGCGCGGAUCGUAACGCAACGGCCUCAAACGCGCGGAAAAGGAAUUUAAAAAAAAGUAAAAUAAAAAAAAAAUACCCCACACGCGGAUUUACCCGAAAUCCAACCCAAGCGUUCCGAGAAAAAAUAAAUUUGAAUGAAAAAAUGUAAAGAUCUUCAAAUUCAGAUCAAAGGGUAACCCGAAGUGUUUGGGGAAAAAAUAAAUUCAAACAAAAAAAAAAUCCCCGAAGCUCUUUGAAAAAAUCGCACAAAUUCAUCCCAAAAUAACCCCAAAGUGUCCAAAAACCAAAAAAAAUACUCCCAAAAUAACCCAAAACCCCUUUAAAAACCCCAAAAUUCUUCCAAAAAUCACCCAAAUCCCUCCAAAAUAACCCAGUGUCCAAAAAAACUAAAUUCAACCAAAAAAACCCCAAAAUGCUUCAAGAAAUCACCCAAAAUAACCCAAAAUAACCCAAAAUGUCCAAAAAAAGCCAAAUCCACCCAAAAAACCCCAAAUCCACUCCAAAAUGUCCAACAAACCCCAAAUCCACCCAAAAUAACCCCAAAAUGUCAAAAAAACUAAAUUCAACCAAGAAAACCCCAAAAUUCUUCAAAAAAUCCCCAAAAUCCACCCCAAAAUAACCCAGAACGUCAAAAAAAAAUCGAAUCCACCCAAAAUAUCCCAAAACCCCCUAAAAAACCCAAAUCCUUCCAAAAUAAACCAAAUCUCACCCAAAAUCCACUCAAAAUGUCCAAAAACCCCCAAAUCUGCCCAAAAUAACCCAAAGUGUCCAACAAACCACAAAUCCACCCCAAAAUAACCAAAACUCUUCUAAAAUUCCCAAAUCCACCCAAAAAACCCCAAAUCCACCUAAAAUAACCCAAAAUCCUUCAAAUAAUCCCAAAAUGCCCUAAAAAAUCCCAGACUCUUCAAAAACCCCCAAUCCACCCCAAAAUAACCCAAAGUGACCAAAAAAUCCCAAAUCCACCCAAAAAAC